AACCAAACCAUGGGCUAAGUCCACCCACUCCAUAAAUUGGUGAGCCUAACAUAGAUUGUGUGCAAACCUUAAGAACACCACCCAAACAUUCCCAACAUCCAUCUCCAACAUUUCCCAUUUUGCUUCCUCUUCUUGUGUUUCAUAUUUCAUAAACACUAAAGCUUUUUUUCAUGUUGAAGUUGGGAAAGAAGCCUCUCCCAAUGAUCGGAAAACUCUCGGAAAUGUUGGUUUCCGGCAACCGUGCCGGGUUUCUCGACGUGGGGUCGAGCCCUAGAGGGCCACUAGACCUAAAGAUCCAGUCUCCUGCCCCAAGUCCUAGAGUGUUGAAGAACUAUGAUGAUGGUGGUGUUGGCUUGGGAAUAGUAGCUGCCUUGGAAAAGUCGAGUCAUAAUAAUGGACGUGCAAAGUAUGCUGUUUGUAGUCACAGUUCCAACCGGUCCGACCCAAUUCCGGUUAGCUCCGGUCAGAAAUCUGAUGAGGGUCUUCAUGAACUUGAGGAAGAAGAUAGUGAGGAGAAUUAUACCUUUGUGACUUGUCAUGGAAGAAACAAGUCCAUCACUAAGGUAUACUAUGAUGGAGGUGAUUGUAGAAAGAUUACCGAGCACCAUGUCAGUUCUGCUACAUGUCAUGUUAACCAUAAUCUUAACCAGAACCAUAAACAAAAACAAGCUCCUGUGUAUCCCACAUCGGAUUUUCUCAGCUCAUGCCAUUUGUGCAGCAAGAAGCUUGAUGGUUUAGAUAUAUACAUGUACAGGGGAGACAAGGCAUUUUGUAGCACAGAGUGUAGAGCCACACAGAUCAUGAACGAUGAGCGAAAAGAACAGUGCAGAUCAGAAGCUUCAAGAAGGUCUGCAGAUGUUUCAAGCUCGCCUUAUUCGAGAGAUCAGAUCUUCUUCUGUACUGCUAUUCUUGCGAUUUAGCAGCAAACCAGUAUCCAACAAUUAAAGGUAGCAGUCGAGUACAUAGACGGCUAAUACUAUCUAUACAAAUUAAAUGAGAGCUUAUCAAUUUGAUCAGCUUUUAUGUGACCCAAUCGACAAGAACAUAAGAAAACUGGGGAAAUUUUGAUGUAUCAGAUCGAUGACAUUACAAGAAGUGAUGACAACUUAACAUUUUUGAAUAAAAGGGUAAAGUUCAUACUUCGAUUUCGGUUUUCAGUUGUAUUGUACUAGGUACAUGUAGUUAUAAAGAAUUGUGAUGCUAGUCCAGCAGAUGCAUGAGAAUCUGGCAUUGAGCUAUUAGCAGCUGCUAGUGUAACAUUAUUCCUUUGAUAGUUAUAUAUCCAGAAAUAUUUCCAUUUUUAGGAGAU